AUGGUCGCCCUUCCCCUCUUCAAGCUCGGUGCCCUGUUCGUGCGACACAUUUCCAAGUAUGGCGCGAACCGCAUCAAGGUGCGCGCCCACGAGCACGAGGGCUUCCGCCGCUUUGCUGCGCGGUACGGCCAGCAUAUCCACCAGCUGAACAUGCGCAUGUCUGUGGCCCUGCUGCGGAACAGCAAAUCCGACAAGGUUUCCAAGGAAAAGGCUGAGGCAGCCGAGGCACCAACUGCCAAGACCAAGGACCAGACAGAGAAGGAGAGCCGCGAGAAGGCCAAGGACGACGCUGACCGUGCCAAGUACGGCACGACCGCAAAAGAAUCGCACCCGGCGACGAUGGUUGUGAACCCAGGCGCAAGUGUGUGGCGGCGCAAGUUCCGGCCGUUGCCUGAAAGCAAAGCCGUCGACCUAUUUGCUGACGUGGUUGGUGACGGUUUCAUCCUGGUGAUUGCCAGUGCACUCGUAAUCUUCGAGUUCUACCGGUCGUCCGCGAAGCCUGACGCCAAUGCUGAGCGCAUCCGGGAGCUGACAGACCAGGUGGAGGCCCUGCGGUCAGCCGAAGAAGAAUAUGCUCGCAACGAACGGAUACGUGAGAGUCGUAUUCUCGCAAUGGAGGCGGCCUUACGGGGCUUCCGUGACCCGAAGACAAAACAGCCGCUCCUGCCGCCGGCUCCCACAGAAGAAGAUUCGAAACCACAAGCGAGGGAAGCAACGGUGGCUGCGUUAUGA